AUGACUUCUAACGAUUCUAAAUUAAACGAUCAAUCCGCUAGUCAUACGAUAUUAGACAAAAUUAAUGCAAAUAACUCAGAUACAAGUAUUAAUAAGGUUCCAGAUAUAAAUGAUUUUACAAUUAUUAAACCAAUUAGUCGGGGUGCCUUCGGUAAAGUAUUUCUUGCUCACAAGAAAAGUAAUGAAGAACAACUGUAUGCCAUCAAAGUUAUGAAAAAGUCUGAUAUGAUAAAUAAGAAUAUGGUGACUCAAGUUGUGACAGAGAGAAAUGCAUUGGCUUUAUCAAGAAGUCCAUUUUGCGUACACUUGUUUUAUUCACUACAGUCAGCAUCUUCUGUCUACCUGGUCAUGGAAUAUAUGGUAGGUGGAGAUAUGAAGUCACUUUUAGGUGUUUAUGGAUUUCUGGAGGAGCCGAUGGCUGUUUUUUAUAUAGCAGAAGUUACUUUGGCACUUGAAUAUUUACAUAAACAUAAUAUUGUCCAUAGGGAUUUGAAGCCAGACAAUAUGUUGAUAUCUAAAAGUGGUCAUGUGAAACUAACAGAUUUUGGAUUAUCUAAAAUAGAAAUACACAGGGAUUUGGAAAUAUCAGAUUUCGUUAAUCGAACACCAAGUCUCAAUAUGCGCACACCAGGACAGCUAUUAUCAUUAACAUCGCAUUUAUCAUUUGGCUCGGGAGGCGACAGCACAAACAACUUGACUGAAACCUGUGAGAACCUUCUUGAUGAGCUUAAACAAACUACUAAAUUAAAAAGCAUAUUUAGUGCUUUAGAACACUCACCAUUACUAGAUCACUCACAGUUGUCAGGGAUUCAUCCUUUCAUGAGUGCUGAAAGCAUCAACUUGGAUGACAUUGUUAACCAAGACUCCGGAUCGGAAUCCCAAAGUUCAUACCACACAUGUGAGAGUUCAAAGAAUAGUACAAACUCGAAGAGCAAUAAAUCUACUGAUGUCAGUAGUACAAAUGGUUCUUCAUUAGAUUCAAAUAUAUUUACAAAUUCUCAACACGAUCAGUCCACAUCACCUCUAUGUAGAGGACAAUCAUUAAAAAGGAUACCGAGUUUCAGAGCAAAGAAAAGAAAAAGAAUUUUAGACUGUGAUGAUGAUACUCCAACAGGUGUUACUAGUUUGGCAGAAUCUAAAGAAAACCACAGCGGGCUCACACAGGAAAUAAUGGCUUUAGAAUUGGAAGUCAGUCAAAAUACACCAAAGAGAAUGUCAAUUCAGCCAACCCCUGAGAGACGAAAGAAUCCGCUCAAAGGAGUUUUAAAAAAGAGAUGGGUUUCACAAAAUGAUAGCCACCAUUUCAAUGUAGGCGUAAUAUUUUCCACUCCUGUAUCAAAGAAUAAAUCGCCAGAGACAAAAAAGAAGGCAACCAGAUUCAACUUGCCCUUUAAUGACACAGUGUCAAGUGAGAAAGAAAGGUCAUUCACUUUUGGGAAACAUAUAUCUACUAGCUUAGAAAUUUUUCCUACAAGAAGACUGAGUAAAGGCGAGGGUAGCAGAUCUCCCACUGAAGUAUGUAAGACUCCUCUAGCUACUGUCCACACCCCGUACAGAACACCGAAGAGCGUACGACGUGGCAAUGUUUCCGACCAGAGGAUACUCGGCACGCCAGACUACCUCGCGCCUGAACUGUUGCUCAAAAAGGGUCACGGUCCGGCAGUUGACUGGUGGGCUCUUGGCGUGUGUUUGUAUGAAUUUAUGACAGGAGUCCCGCCCUUCAAUGAUGAAACACCACAGGCUGUUUUUAACAACAUCCUCUCAAGAAAUAUAGAAUGGCCUGAAGAUGACGAGGCUUUAUCCACGGAGGCUGUGUCAGCGAUAGAAGCCUUGCUAACGAUGGAGCCGCAGGAGCGACCCGCGGCUACCGAGGUCAAGGGAAUGGCUGUGUUCAGGAACGUUGAUUGGGACAACCAGUUACAAGCUGAGCCGCCCUUCGUACCGACCCUCGAUGAUAUAUACGAUACGGGUUAUUUUCAAGGUGAGCCAUUAUUGUUGUUCAAAUUCACAUAUACCUUAUAG